GUAGCACAUUAGGCCUCAGCCCCCCACACACAAAGUCUUAAGCUUUCUUCUUCUUCUUCUCCUCCUUCCUUUGUCUCUCUUCUCUCAUAUAAGACCCAAAUGAUUUAGAGGCCUGGUUUCUCUACCACGCGUCCAUUUUCAUUCUGACAAUGAGAUCAAAGUGUUAGCCUCCUCUUUCUCUGUCUUGUGUCCUGUUGUUUCAUUCUCAAACGUUAAAAAUAAAUUUGGGUUCCGAGAUCCAAGCCGGGAAUGGCGCGGUUUUGGUGGUCGAAAGAGGAGAGCCACCGAGGGACGCCGGUGGUGGUGAAGAUGGAGAAUCCCAACUGGUCAAUGGUGGAGCUGGAGGGCCCCACCGACGAGGACUUCCUAAUGGCGGAGUCUCCGGGCCGAGCCAGAGACAAAGGCCGCGGCAAAAACGCCAAGCAGUUCACUUGGGUCCUCCUCCUCAAGGCCCACCGUGCCGCCGGCUGCCUCACCUCCCUCGGCUCCGCAAUGCUGGGCCUCGCCUCCGCCAUACGACGCCGCGUCGCCUCCGGAAGGACCGACACUGACCCCGACCAGGACGCCGACAGCGAGCCACGUGGCGGCAACCCGGCGGCGAAGUCGAGAUUCUAUCUGUGCAUCAAGCUGUUUCUGUUCAUGUCUCUGGUGCUGUUGGGUUUUGAGGUCGCAGCGUAUUUUAAGGGGUGGCACUUGGGAGCUCCACACCUGCAGCUUCAGUACUUCUGGGAUAUGGAGUUUGACGGGGUUAAGGGUGCUUUCGAUUGGGUCUAUUCCAAGUGGGUUUUGAUUCGGGUAGACUAUUUGGCUCCGCCGCUUCAGUUUCUGGCCAAUGCUUGUAUUGUGCUCUUCAUGGUUCAGAGCUUGGAUAGGCUGAUUCUGUGCUUGGGGUGUUUCUGGAUCCGGUUCAAGAAGAUCAAACCGGUUCCAAAACGCGGUCCUUUGGAUCUUGAAUCAGCAGAGUAUGGCUACUUCCCUAUGGUGCUAGUUCAGAUCCCCAUGUGCAAUGAGAAAGAGGUUUAUCAGCAGUCAAUUGGCGCUGUGUGCAAUUUAGACUGGCCAAAGUCGAGGUUGUUGGUUCAAGUUCUUGACGAUUCGGAUGACCCGACUACGCAGUUUAUGAUCAAAGAGGAGGUCCAGAAAUGGCAAAAGGAGGGGGCCAACAUUUUGUAUCGGCAUAGAGUGAUUAGAGAUGGAUACAAGGCUGGCAAUCUCAAGUCUGCAAUGAAUUGUAGCUAUGUGAAAGACUACGAGUUUGUUGCAAUUUUCGACGCCGAUUUUCAGCCUGCUCCUGAUUUCCUCAAGAGAACAGUUCCUCACUUCCAGGACAAUGAAGAACUUGGGCUGGUGCAAGCCAGGUGGUCCUUUGUGAACAGGGAUGAGAACCUACUCACAAGGUUGCAGAACAUUAACUUGACAUUCCACUUUGAGGUCGAACAACAAGUAAAUAGUGUGUUCAUUAAUUUCUUUGGGUUCAACGGGACAGCUGGGGUGUGGAGGAUAAAGGCUCUUGAGGACUCUGGUGGGUGGUUGGAGAGGACCACUGUUGAGGACAUGGACAUUGCUGUCCGUGCUCAUCUUCAUGGCUGGAAAUUCAUCUUCCUCAAUGAUGUUGAGUGCCAGUGUGAAGUACCUGAAUCUUACGAAGCUUAUCGGAAACAACAACACAGAUGGCACUCGGGACCUAUGCAGUUGUUUCGCCUAUGUUUGCCUGCUAUCAUCAAAUCCAAGAUCAGCAUUUGGAAGAAAUUCAAUUUGAUAUUCCUCUUCUUUCUGCUCCGAAAGUUGAUAUUGCCCUUCUAUUCUUUCACCCUAUUUUGCAUAAUUCUCCCCAUGACAAUGUUCAUCCCCGAAGCUGAGCUCCCAGCAUGGGUUGUAUGCUACAUCCCUGCAACAAUGUCAUUCCUCAAUAUUCUUCCUGCCCCGAAAGCCUUCCCUUUCAUUGUUCCAUACCUCCUUUUCGAAAACACCAUGUCAGUGACCAAAUUCAAUGCCAUGAUAUCCGGCUUAUUCCAGCUUGGGAGUGCAUAUGAGUGGGUGGUCACCAAGAAGUCUGGGCGUUCCUCGGAGGGUGAUCUUGUCUCCUUAGUUGAGAAAGAGCCAAAGCAUCACAGGGGGGUCUCGGUUCCAGACCUUGCUGAAAUGAAGGAAGAAAUUCGACAGCAGGAGCAAAAAGCUAAGAAGAAGAAGAAGCAUAACAGAAUAUACACAAAGGAGCUGGCAUUGGCUUUCCUUCUUCUAACGGCUUCAGCUCGAAGCCUGCUGUCUGCUCAGGGCAUCCAUUUCUACUUCUUGUUGUUUCAGGGAAUCUCAUUCCUGCUGGUUGGUUUAGAUUUGAUCGGUGAGCAGGUUGAGUGAGUGAAGACAAGAAGAAAGUACACAGUACAGUCUUUGUAGAGAUAUAUGGAUAUGGAUGUAAACACAGUUUACCACAGGCAAGAAGGAUGGAAACAACCACGAAUAUAUAAGCAGGAGAACUCGAGAAAGAACAGCACCGGGGAGAAGAUUGUAGAGGGACGAACCUCCAAGACUCCCCAUUAGGUUCCACCCAGAAGAAAAAAUAUUUAUGCUAAUUGGACAAAGGUUGUCAUCAUGAAGAAGUAUAGGGUACGAUGUAGGGGAUGCGGUUCAAUUUCUUUUUUGAUGUUUGCUUGAUUCUUUUGUUUUUGUAGCAAUUCUUUUGUAAGAAAAUUUGGCCUUCAAAUUCUCAAAACACAAUUUGUUAACGUUUGAGGCAGUCAUGCCAGAUUGCCAGUGAUGCUUUUA